AUGACUGAGGAAAGCCCAGAAGAAGAUCAUGAAUCUCCUGGUGUAGCAGAAACAAACCCAGGAAGCCCUUCUUCAAAGAACAAUAACAACAACAACAACAAAGAACAAGACCGGUUCCUUCCAAUUGCUAAUGUCGGAAGAAUCAUGAAAAAGGUUCUUCCGGGUAACGGUAAGAUCUCGAAAGAUGCGAAAGAAACUGUACAAGAAUGUGUAUCGGAGUUCAUCAGUUUUGUAACUGGUGAAGCUUCUGAUAAGUGUCAAAGAGAGAAGAGGAAAACCAUCAAUGGAGAUGACAUCAUUUGGGCCAUUACAACUCUCGGUUUCGAAGACUAUGUGGCUCCAUUAAAGGUUUAUCUCUGCAAAUACCGAGAGACCGAAGGAGAGAAAGUCAAUAGCCCAAAACAAAGACAACAACAACAACAACCGCAACAACAGCUACAACAGAAUCAUUUUCAGUUUCAAGAACAAGACCAUAACAGCAACAUUUCAUGUACUAGUUACAUCUCUCAUCAUCAUCCUUCUCCAUUCUUGCCAGCGGAUCAUCAACCUUUUCCCAAUCUACCUUUCUCUCCUAAAUCAUUGCAGAAACAGUUCCCGCAGCAGCAUGAAAACAUUGAUUCCAUUGGACAGUGGUCAGUGUGA